AUGGCAGGAGAAAUCUUCACUAGCUUGGACCACCUGUUUAAUGUGGAUUGCACCAACGUCCACCCGCUGGUGUGUCACCUGUGCCACGAGCAGUACCAGUCCCCGUGUUUGUUGGACUGCUACCACAUCUUCUGUGCCCGCUGUCUGCGAGGCCGGACCAAUGACAGCCGUCUCAGCUGCCCCCUCUGUGGUUACCCAUCCAUAUUAAAAGGGAACAGCUCCCUCCCGCCAGAAGACCGUCUGCUCAAGUUCCUGGUUGACAACAAUGCGGACGCUGAGGAGACAGUGCAGUGUGCCAACUGUGACCAGGAGAGUAACAAAAAGGAGGCAGUGAUGAUGUACUACUGUAACACUUGCAGCCAGCCACUUUGCAGCGCCUGCAGGGAGUUGACUCACAAGGCCAGAAUGUUUUCCCACCACGAGAUUGUGUCCCUGGCCAAACGCUCCAAAGCCAAACACAGGAAGUGCUCGCUCCACGAGGAGCCCUACAUCCUGUUCUCAACAGAGAAUAAGUCUAUGCUUUGCAUCAAGUGCUUCAGAGACAUGCAAGUGGAGAGUCGGACUCACUGCAUUGAUAUUGAAACAGCUUACAUGCAGGGGUGUGAGAUGCUGGACCAGGCUGUGCUGGUGGUGAAGGAGCUGCAGACUUCGGCGAGAGAGGCGAUCGUUCUGCUGAGAGCGAUGAUAGGAGAAGUGUGUCUGAAUGUGGAGGAAGAGGAGAGCGCAAUCUGUACCCUGUUCAACAGCUUGCAGGAAAAACUAGCCGAGAGGAAGAAGAUUCUGCUGAAAGCAGCUCAGAGUCAACACCAGGAGAAGGAGAAAGCACUAAAGGAGCAGCUCUCACACCUUACUGCCCUCCUUCCAACCCUCCAGGUGCACCUCGUCACCUGUUCAGCCUUCCUCAGCUCAGCCAACAAGUUUGAGUUUUUGGACAUGGGCUACCAACUCAUGGAGAGGCUGAAGAGGAUUGUGAAGCUCCCUCACCGACUGAGACCAGUGCAGAGCAGCAAAAUCAACACAGACUACAGGAGUGAGUUCGCUCACUGCCUGGAGCCCUUACUGCUGCUCUGUCAGCGCUGCCCUCCUUCUGUUGUGGGAUCUAUAAACGUGGCAGCCAGGCACCAGUCUCCUCUCUCCAUGUCUUGCCGCUCCCCGUCUCUCAGUGAGAUGCCGCUGGGCUCGCUGUGCGGUCGAAGGCCCAGCUGUCACCGCAACAUCUGCACCAAGGUGCUCCUGGCUGAGGGGAGGGAGACACCCUUCACCGAGCACUGCCGCAACUAUGAGAACACCUACAGGACUCUCCAGAUGGAGAUUCAGAAUCUGAAGGACCAGGUCCAGGAGCUGCACCGAGACCUGACCAAGCACCACUCCAUCAUCAACACAGAUAAAAUGGGGGAGAUCAUGGACAGAUCGCUGCACAUCGACAGCCAGAUAGCCUCCCAGCACUCCACCGUGGAGACCAUGAGAGUCAUGUUUGAAGAGAUCUGGGAGGAGACUUUUCAGAGGGUCACCAAUGAGCAGGAGAUCUAUGAAGCCCAGCUUCACGACCUAAUGCAGCUGAAGCAGGAGAACUCGUACCUGACUACGAUCACCAGACAGAUCAGCCCCUACAUCCUGUCCAUCGCCAAAGUCAAAGAGAGACUGGAGCCCAGGUUUCAGGAGCCUAAAGAGCACCAUGACGACCGCACAGAAACAAUGCUGAAAAUCUAUGAAGACAGCACGAUGGAUAAAGACGGUCAAGACAGUGACAACCAGACCUGUGUCUCCGACCAGGACAGACACAAGAACAACCGCCCGCUGAUCCUCGAGUCGGGGGACAACUCCGUCAAGACCAGUCGUCCGGUCAGGCCGAGGGUUGCCACGGAGAUGUCCAGCCACAAUGAGACGCCUUCAUAAACACCAUGUCAUCUGAUUUCUGUGCCCCCCUCUCAGUGUAGAACUAGGCCUUAAUUCAAACAAUACCAAGCCCAGGAAAACUUGUGACUUUCUCUGCUGUCCUGAGACUCUGCAUAACAAUUUCUCAGCAGUUUUUCAGCUCCAAGGUGAGACCUUGGAUAGACGCUAGUAUGGAAGUCAAAGAC